UUGACCUUGUGCUCAGCGUGGCGUUAGCCGUUAGGCAUGAAUUCAAGACAAUAAUAGCUGCCAGAUUAGUUUUUCUACUCUGUUUCGAAGGAAUCAGAUGGACACUUCCAAGUCUGUGAUAGAAGAGGAAGAAGCAGAAGAAGAAGAGGAGUGGAGCAACAAUGAUACCGGUUGGACUAAGUACUUCGAAUCCCAUGGGAAUGAAUGUGAAUCUGCUCCGAGGUACAUCAAAGAAGAUGAUGGUGGCGGUGAGAUUAUGGAGGAUGAUGAUUCGUUGGCUUCCGAUGCUUCUUCUGGGCCUGCAUUUUUUGAGGAUUUAUAUAACAGAAGAAGCGAGGACUGUGAGCUUUUUGAUGAUAAAGUAGAAGAAGGCCAAGGAAAACGAGAGCAAGAGAAGAACAGGUUCUGCAAGAAAGAUAGAAAGAUGGUGAAGGAGAAGGAAAAGAGAAGAAAUUUCAUCAAAUGAUGAUUCUUCAAAGAUGAAGAAAACAUUGCGCACAAUUCUAUUUUGAUUUCGUGAUGCUGAGGUUAGCAGGACCAAGCUCUGUCUUUCUCUCUCUCUCUCUCUAACAAAUUGCAGUUCGAUGGAAGCAAUUAAUUUGUUUAGGGAUUUCAGGGGAUUUACAAUAUGUGAACUCUUGUUUGAAUGCUAUAGAAUGGUGAUAGAAGAAAGUUUUCAUCAUCUUCAUAAAUUUUAUUGCUUUGUUAAAUUACGCGUUGAGUGCGGCACCAUGAUAAGCCUGUUGUGAUUCCUUCGAUAUGUGUAUGCUGAUGUGAGAAAUUACAGGCGUAUAUCUUCAU